UUUUAUACGUUUUAUAUAUUUUUUUUCAUUUCCAAAUACACCCCAUUAUGUAUAUGUAAUGGAGAUGAUUGUAUAUACGAUUUUUGAGCUUUCUUCAAUUUUCAACAGCUCAGCUUGUGUUGAGAUUAUCAGUAUCUCCAAGGUGCAGACUUUUUGAACUGAGAUUAUCUGAUACAGUUACGCACUGUGUGUGGGCUUUGUCAGUGAUCUGAAUCACUUUCUUUCAAGCCUCUAAUGUGAUCUUCGGCUGAUUUUCUGAAGUGGGUUUCUGCUAUUUCAUCUGAUUUUUGGUGGGUUUCUGAGGAGUUUUUUGUCAAGCAAAGGACUGCUUGGAAAACCCUUUUUCCGAAGUGGGUUCGUCUUAUUUCGUCUGAUUAUCGAAGGUCUUUGAGCAGGUAGCUCUGAAGUGAACGACUAUUUGGGGAUUUUUUUUGUUUUUGGAGACUUUUGAUGAAAUCUGGGUUUGAUUAUAGGGUUUGUAAAAGAUGGGAUUAAUUGGCGAUGGUGUAAAGGGAGAGUCUUGGGAUGUGGGCAAAUCAAAGAGCAGGAAGAAGAAAGAACCUGAGGUGGAGGAGGCUGGGUGUUGGGUUAGGUUGAGAUUUAUCGGCAGCUGUAUUUCUUCGAGAUCUAAAGUGGAUAGCUCCGUCAGUGGCCUCAGUACUCAUUGUGAAAGUAAAUCUACAAAUGAUACAAGCAGAGAUCACCCUGUUGCUCCAGUAGUCUUAUCAACAACAACAAGUAAUGCCGAAAGCAAUUCAUCAACUUCCAAACUUGAAGAGGAACUCAAAGUUUCUUCCCAGCUUCGAAAGUUCACAUUUAAUGAUCUGAAGUUGGCAACAAGAAAUUUCAGACCAGAUAGUCUUCUCGGUGAAGGUGGUUUUGGUUGUGUCUUCAAGGGAUGGAUUGAAGAGAAUGGAACCGCACCAGUGAAGCCUGGCACAGGUCUUACUGUUGCUGUGAAAACUCUCAACCAUGAUGGGCUUCAGGGUCACAAAGAAUGGCUGGCUGAAAUAAGUUUUCUUGGUGACCUCAUUCAUCCUAAUUUGGUUAAAUUGGUUGGUUACUGCAUUGAAGAUGAUCAACGGCUGCUAGUAUAUGAGUUCAUGCCUCGAGGAAGCUUGGAGAACCACCUUUUUAGGAGGUCUCUGCCUCUUCCAUGGUCUAUCAGGAUGAAAAUUGCUCUUGGUGCUGCAAAGGGCUUGGCUUUUCUUCAUGAGGAAGCAGAAAGGCCAGUCAUAUACCGAGAUUUUAAGACAUCCAACAUCCUAUUAGAUGCCGAUUACAAUGCAAAACUUUCUGAUUUUGGUCUUGCCAAGGAUGGUCCUGAAGGAGACAAGACUCAUGUCUCUACUCGUGUAAUGGGAACUUAUGGCUAUGCAGCUCCAGAAUAUGUGAUGACAGGACAUCUUACAUCAAAGAGUGAUGUUUACAGCUUUGGUGUUGUCCUGCUUGAAAUGCUUACUGGCAGAAGAUCAAUGGACAAAAACCGCCCCAAUGGGGAACACAAUCUAGUCGAGUGGGCAAGACCGCAUCUGGGGGAGAGGAAAAGGUUUUAUCGCAUUAUAGACCCCCGGCUUGAGGGUCAUUUCUCAAUAAAGGGUGCCCAGAAAGCUGCACAACUGGCUGCUCGCUGCCUCAGCCGUGAUCCCAAAGCCAGACCUCUGAUGAGCGAGGUUGUUGAAGCCUUGAAGCCAUUACCGAGCCUCAAGGACAUGGCCAGCUCCUCAUAUUACUUCCAGACAGUGCAAGCCGAGCGUGUUGGCGCUAGCCCGAAUGUGAGGAAUGGGCUAAGAACGCAGGCCGGAUCUCUUUCAUCGAGGAACGGACAGCAACAUCCAAGGAGCCUAUCGAUACCAAAUGGCUCGCAUGCAUCUCCAUAUCACCAAAACUUCCCCCAUAACUCGCCAAAACCCAAUGGUAAAACUUAGGAUUCGGAUUGUUCAUUGUCUGGAAACUGAAGAAUAGAUGAACCGUACGUGGAUUGUGUUGUGAUCUUUGAAGAGUUAAUUGUUGUCUCCCAGAAAUAUGAGAGGCUUAGGGGAGUUGCAGCUUCAUCACAACUACUUGUCUGUUCAGAAAUGUUAAAAAGAGUGAGAUAAUCUCUUCCCCAGAUGUGUGUAUUUUCAUCACAACAGAAACUUUGUUUCCAUAUGAAAUGAAAGGUUUUCAUUAUUAUUAUCAAA